AUGGCUAAAAAUUCACAAAACUCACGAAAAAUUAAUUUUUCAUGUGCAGUAAAGAAGCCACCGUUUCCCCCUCAAUUGACUGUUGACGAAUUAAUGGCGAAUGCACUUGAAAAACUACGAAAAAAUAAAAUUUCUAAAACGCCAAAUGCUUUCUUGGCGUAUAGAAUGGCUUUCCAAAAACAGUUUUAUGACGCGAAAAAUAAUCCAACAAUGCGAGACCUCUCGCUUAUGGCCACAAAAUUCUGGCUUCGAGAGCCUGAGCAUGUAAAAGCAAGAUAUUAUCAAUUAAUAAUAGAAGCGAAAACGAAAUUUGAAAAAAUUUGCACUGAAAAUCUUCCAUUACAAGUCGUAGAAUAUCGACCUUGCCUUGAUUUACCUUCUUCUCAAAUAGUCUACCAACAACACCAAAACACAUCACCAGACAAGUUCUCAAACUCUUAUGAAUACAAUAAUGAAUUUUCAUUUGAUCGAGAUCCAACGAUUUUAAGUCAAGAUGAUCUCGAGAGACAAAAUCUCUUUUCACGCGUGCCUCAAUUACGAACUUCAACAUUUAAUCCCAGUCAAAAUUUUUGGUCCCUUGAAUUAUUAACGACUACAACAACAAACAUAAUUAAUCCCAUUUCUCCUAUUAUUGAUUCUCAACAGCGGAACACGGUCGAACAAGGGUCACCAAUUGUCUCACAACAACCUAAUUUGAUUGUUCAUCAAUCGGAAGGUAUAGAAAAACAUACCAAUUUACUUAACUCGGUUCAAAAUCCUAUUGUUGACUCAGAAGUAUUAGCAAAAAAAGUAGCACAACUUGAAAAUCAAGUUGCAAGUUUACUCGAAACUUUGCAAUAUCAAUUUGACAAUUUUUGCGCCUUACAAAUGAAUAAUCCAACUCAACCAGCAGAUAAUAACAACUCUUUCCCAGUCCAAUGGUAA